AUGGAAAAGGGCUUCUUCAAAGUUUUCAUCCCAGAAAUCAGUGCAAAACGACUUAAACUUCCCACAGGUUAUAUUGAUUACAAGAAUGGAAUGCUACCUUGGAAUGUUUCCCUUAGGGAUAGGUUUGGAAAUAUGUGGCCUAUUGGAGUAACCAAAUCAGGAAAACAUAUUUAUUUUGAACAUGGAUGGGAGAAAUUCAUUGAGGACAACAUCGUAGAGUUUGGAGACUUCAUUAUUUUUGACUAUGAUGGAACUAGAAUUUUUGACUUUAAACUACUUGGAAGAAUUGGAUGUGUAAAGAAAGGAGCUGGAGGUUUAAAAUUUUCUAUGAAGGAGGUGGACGAGGAAGAAAUGAAUGUUGACAAUCAAAAGAGUAUGGAGUUAAAGGAGAAUACUUGGGCCAGAGACAGCAUGAGCAGUUCAUCUUCUAAUGAUAGUAAUGAGGAUAACGUGGUAGAAGAAGAAGAUGAUCGAGAUGAGGAAUAUGAAGAGACAGAAAAUGAGGGGGAAGAGGGAGAAGAGACUGAAAAGGCAUCAUGUUCAAAAUGCAGAUAUUUGGAUGAGAAACAAGACGAUGAUGACGAUCAAAAGGAUGAAUACAAAGAAGAGGAGGAGGAAGAGAAUGAAAGGGAUGGCAUAUUUAACAAACAAACGCCACGUUCAAAAGGUAAACACUAA